CGUCUCGGGGCUUGCGGCUCCCUCCCAGCGGCGGCGGCGGCGGCGGCGGCGGGUGAUCAUGGAGAUUGAGAACAUCGUGGCCAACACGGUGCUGCUCAAAGCCCGGGAAGGAGGAGGUGGCAAGCGACAUGGUCGAAGUAAAAAAUGGAAGGAGAUGUUAAAACUACCCCAUGUCAACCACUGUAUUGAGCUUAGACAUUCCAUUGAACAGGAUUAUAAUAGUCUCUGCGACAAACAGCCCAUCGGAAGACUACUUUUCAGGCAGUUCUGUGAUACAAAGCUUGAUUUAAAGAAAUGCAUUGAAUUUCUGGAUGCAGUGGCAGAAUAUGAGGUGGCUUCAGAUGAAAAUCGAAGAGAGACUGCUCUGAAGGUUUUAGACACGUACUUCAACAAUGGGUCUGCUGCCCAUUUACCAGAAAUACCUCAGGAUAUAGUGAAAGAAUGUAAAGAGAGGCUGGAGCAGAGCCCUUGCAAAGAGCUUUUUAAAGACUGUACUAGGGUUGUCCAUGAUUAUUUAAGUGGAAGACCAUUUGAGGAGUAUCAAGAAAGCUUGUUUUUCUCUCGAUUUUUACAGUGGAAAUGGUUGGAAAGGCAACCUGUAACAAAAAAUACAUUUAGACAUUACAGAGUUCUAGGAAAAGGAGGAUUUGGAGAGGUGUGUGCCUGCCAAGUACGGGCAACAGGAAAAAUGUAUGCUUGUAAAAAGCUAGAAAAAAAGAGAAUUAAGAAGAGGAAAGGAGAAUCAAUGGCAUUAAAUGAAAAGAAAAUUUUGGAAAAGGUGCAUAGUAGGUUUGUAGUUAGUUUAUCCUAUACAUAUGAAACAAAAGAUGCCCUAUGUUUAGUACUAACCAUCAUGAAUGGAGGGGAUUUGAAGUUUCACAUAUAUAAUAUGGGAAACCCUGGCUUGGAUGAGGAGAGGGCCAUAUUCUAUGCUGCAGAGUUGUGCUGUGGUUUGGAAGAUUUACAAAGAGAAAGAAUUGUUUACAGAGAUUUGAAGCCUGAAAACAUUCUUCUGGAUGAUCGUGGACAUAUUCGAAUCUCAGAUCUUGGGCUAGCUAUGCAGAUCCCAGAAGGAGAAACAAUCCGAGGAAGAGUUGGAACAAUUGGCUACAUGGCUCCAGAAGUUAUCAAUAAUGAAAACUAUACAUUUAGUCCUGAUUGGUGGGGACUUGGCUGCCUAAUUUAUGAAAUGAUUCAGGGACAGUCACCAUUCAGGAAACGCAAAGAGAAAGUCAAACGUGAAGAAGUAGAUCGAAGAGUAAAGGAAGAUCAAGAAGAGUACUCAGAGAAGUUUUCUGAGGAGGCACAGUCUAUCUGCAGGAUGUUACUUGAGAAGGAUCCAAGAAAACGAUUAGGCUGCAAAGGAGAAGGAGCGGCUGGUGUAAAGCUGCAUCCUAUUUUCAAGAACAUUAACUUCAAAAGGCUGGAAGCAAACAUGUUAGAUCCCCCUUUCUCUCCUGAUCCACGUGCAGUAUAUUGUAAGGACGUUUUGGAUAUUGAGCAAUUCUCGACAGUAAAAGGAGUGAACCUGGAUACUACAGAUGAUGAUUUCUAUUCCAAAUUUGUUACAGGUUGUGUCUCCAUCCCCUGGCAAAAUGAGAUGAUUGAAACGGAAUGUUUUAAAGACAUCAACACAUUUGAAAAUGACAACCUGACAUCAGAUCUAGAUGUUAACAAGCAUACUCCAAGACAUACUCCAAGACCAAAGAGAGGCUUCUUCCAUAGACUCUUCAGAAGAGGGGUCUGUUUUAAAUCUGGUUACAGUGAUGAAGAAGAGGAACCAACGAGACUUUAAACCACUGUAUCAUAGCCAAAAAACCAAAUGCAAAGAAUGAGUAAAUUCUGAAUAUUUUAUUGUAUCUAUGAACUGUAAUAAAAAAAUUUAUUAUAAAUUUUAAAACAUACUAUGUGAGUUUACAGAUUUUGUACAUUUGUACUUAAAUUAUGUUCAGAUGUAUAUUUUCACUAAAAUUUUAUUGAAGAAAAAGCCAUAAAAAUACCAUUUUGAUGUAAUACAUUCAUUGUUAUCUAGUAUAUUUAUACUAGAUUUAGCCAUGUCUGAACACAUGUGAAAUGUGACUAUGUUAAUUGAAAAAGCUUGGGAAAUAAGUACAAACCUGUUAUUUCUUGUGAAUCAACUUAAAUCACGUUAUUAUUUAUGAUUACUUAGGAUUUUUAUUGAACUUAUAUACAAAGGAAUGGCAUUACCUUCAUGGAUUUAUACUGACUUCUAGGAUGGGGGAAAAGAUUCACUAUCCCUCUUCUCAGGGUGCAUUCAAAAAUUAAAAAAAAAAAAAUCACUUUAUAAUAAUAGAAUUAAUUAAUGUUGUACAGUAUCUUUUUAUAUUAAUGUAGCAUAAUUCUUUCAGAAGUAUGUUUUUAUUCUUCACUGUGUUCUUGUGAAUUCAAUUUACAUCUGCCCAGAUAGGUAUGGUAUCUAUAUUAUUUUUCUUAUGCCAAUAUUUUUUAACCAUCAUAAUGUUGAUAUUUAUGUGACGGGUUAUGGCUUUCUUCUAGACUAUAUUUAUCCACUUAUUGAAAGAUAAUGUGGUUUCCUGUGACUCUGGAGUCACAGCCUUGGUAGUCAUUAAGAGAAUACUAACCAAGUCCUGAACUAUUCAAAAUGUAUAGCAUUAUGGGUACUUUGGUCCUUCUGUAUGUUUUAAGGCCUCAAAACCAGAUGCAGCUGGUUACAAAGUUCUUAAUAGUGUAAAAACUUGCUCUUAUGUUUUGUAAGUAAAAAACCAAGUAAUGGGGGAGAGUCCCAAAACAGUGAUGCUGAAAAAGUAUGUUUAAACAGCCUGUAUGGGAAUAAAAUCUAUCACUAUAAAUGUAAAAUAAAUAUCAUAUAAAGGUGCUCUACCUUGCUACAGCAUUCACUUUACUAAUAAGAAACUCAGCUUUUCAUAAAUUAAUACCACAAAAAGAUACAAUACUCAAAUUAAUGAUAUAAUUAGAAUAAACUUGAAAGACUGUUGUGCUAGGACCUCUAUUAGAAUAUUUUUAACAUUUUUUCUCAAUUACCUGUAAAAACAAUUGACAUUCAUUUUUUUUAAAUUCGAGUUCCAAAUGUUCUCCCUCCAUCUUUUCUCUGUUCUUUCAGUGAGAAGGCAGGCAGUUUAAUAUAAAUGAUACAUUUACAGUCAUGCAAAUCAUGUAUCUGUAUUAGUCAUAUUGUGAAAGAAAAUACACUCUCCCCCUCAAAAAAGAAAAAAGUUUUUUAAAUCAUGAUUCAUUCUGCACUCAGAUGUUAUCGUUUCUCUAGAGGUGGAUAGCAUUUUUCAUCAUAAAUCCUUUAGAGUUAGUUUGGAUCAUUUAUUUCUGA